AUGUGCGAUAAUGGUGGACGAAAAGUUGGUGUAGGAUGCUACUACAAUUAUCAGUGCACACCAUAUGGAGCCGGCGUGGUUUGUGUCAACAACUGCUGUUGCACAACGCCAACUUUCACGACUCGAGCACCAAUUAUUCCAACCACAACAACAAGAUCUGUGGCUGCUUUGGCCUACUGCUACAAUGGCCAGCGUACUCAAGUUCGAUGCACUACCUCAGUGGACUGUGCUGCAGGUCAAACAUGUAUAAAUGCGGUGUGCUGUUCCACAACAGGUCAAGAAUAUACUGGAACUUGUGGAGGUCUCCCAGCUAUCUCAUCUUGUCAAGCCAAUAGAGUCUGUGGACAAUUUGUGUGCACUACUUCUAACUAUUGCUGUGAAUGUCAAUUUGGAAGAACUGCUGGGCUAUGUACGAAUGUCGGCGUGGGUCUGACGUGUCCAACUGGUUACUCUUGUGCUGCCAAUGGUUACUGUUGCGCUACUUGUGCCAAUGGACGUGCACCAUUUGGAUCUUGUUUCAAUGGCCUUUGCGCCAAUGGUUACACUUGUCAAGCCGGAAACAUAUGCUGCUAG